CGAUGAAUAACUCGAUACUGAAAGGGAAUACAAGUGUUUGAUUGGCCAACUGCGAGGCCGAGCCCCGUAUAUAAUUCGAUCUUUACUUUAGUACUUUAGUUUCCUUCUUGUCUCUUGCCACGCGGCUGCCAAAAGGUCAUUAUGCCUUUUUUAAAGACCAUUUUGCUGUUGACUGUCGUUGGUUUGCUGAACUUAUCGACAGUCGCACCAGACAGCGCAGGAAUCGUGGAAAUGGUGAAUGGAUUGGCGUAUGGUGGCAUUCCCUACGGAAGUAUAACUGGCAUGGUAGCAAAGUAUCCAGGAUUCAUGGGGCAACAAUUUAAUUCUCUUCAGGUGGCGCGACAAUUAAAUGGAUUCAAAAAUGCACAACCAGUGGUCAUCACUCCAAAUUUUAGGGCAACAAGAUUAGCGGGAGUGCAUCCACCCGUGCAGAUUUAUAACGUUCCAAGUGUUGUUGCACCUGGUGUUGUGGGCACGAUCAGCCACAUAGGAUAUUAAAAAUAAUUAGUUACAAAAUAAGUUAGCGAUAAAAGAUAUAAAAAUUCCAUUCUUAUUUGUUCAAUACUUUCACGACGCAUUCCAAGAAUUCCAUUAUAUUUAUUGUCACGUAUAAUUAUAUGUGAUUAAAAGUCAUGAAAAUUGAUUUAAAAGCAAUUUUCAAAUAAUAUUUACCAUUAAACAGAUAUUUUUAAAUA